AUGGACCAAUUGAUCACUGAAGGCUUUGGAGAAGGACUAAGAAAGUUUAGAAACUAUAUGCUACAGAAUGGUUCUUGGAGACUCAGUCCUUUCUCCUCUCCAACACCAAACUUCACCUCUGUGACCCAGUUUCUGUUUGAGGGCUUCUCCAGCUUUAGCUGGCAGCACAGGUUCAUCUUCUUCAUUGUUUUCCUGACCUUGUACCUGCUGACUCUCUCUGGCAACGCCAUCAUUGUGACCAUCAUCCGUCUGGACCGCCACCUCCACACACCUAUGUACUUCUUCCUCAGCAUGCUGUCCAUCUCUGAGACCUGCUACACUAUGGCCAUCAUCCCCCGCAUGCUCUGUGGUCUCCUGAGCCCUGGCCAGCCCAUUGCUAUCCAGAGCUGUGCUACCCAGCUCUUCUUCUACCUCACCUUUGGCAUCAACAACUGCUUCCUGCUCACAGUCAUGGGCUACGACCGCUAUGUGGCCAUCUGCAACCCUCUGCGCUACUCACUCAUCAUGGGCCGAGGGGCCUGUGUGCAGUUGGCUUCUGCAUCACUGGGUCUUGGCCUGGGCAUGGCCAUUGUGCAGGUGACAUCAGUAUUUGGCCUGCCAAUGAAGAAAGAGAACUUCACAGUGGUGACUGAGUUUGUUUUCUUGGGCUUCUCCAGGUUCCAGGAGCACCAGCUCACCCUCUUUGUGGUCUUCCUUGCACUGUACUUGUUAACCCUGGCAGGCAAUGUCAUCAUUGUUACCAUCAUCAGUCUGGACCGCCACCUCCACACGCCCAUGUACUUCUUCCUCAGUGUUCUGUCAGCUUCAGAGACCGUGUACACCCUUGUCAUUGUCCCUCGCAUGCUGUGCAGCCUGGUGGGCCUAAGCAAGACCAUUUCCCUGGGUGCCUGUGCCACACAGAUGUUUUUCUUCAUCACGUUGGCCAUAAACAACUGCUUCCUGCUCACAGCCAUGGGCUAUGACCGCUACGUGGCCAUCUGCAACCCCUUGCGCUACUCACUCAUUAUGAACAAGAAUGUGUGUGCCCAGCUGGUGGGGGGCGCCCUCAGUAUCGGGCUGCUGGUGGCCAUCAUCCAGAUCUCCUCUGUGUUCAGGCUGCCCUUCUGUGGCACAGAGGUGGCCCAUUACUUCUGUGACAUCCUCCCAGUGAUGAAGUUGUCUUGUGCUGACACCACUGUGCAUGACAUAAUCAAUUUUGUCAUUAGUUCACUGGUCAUCCUUGUGCCCAUGGGCCUGGUCUUCAUCUCCUAUGUCCUCAUCAUCUCCUCCAUCCUCAGGAUUGCCUCAGCCGAGGGCAGGAAAAAGGCCUUUGCCACCUGUGCCUCCCAUCUGACAGUGGUCAUCAUCCACUAUGGCUGCGCCUCUAUCGCCUACCUGAAGCCCAAGUCAGAGAACAGCAGGGAUGAAGACCAGCUGAUCUCGGUGACCUACACCGUCAUCACACCCCUGCUCAACCCCAUGGUGUACAGUCUCAGGAACAAAGAGGUCCAGAAUGCCCUAAACCGUGCCAUGGGCAAGAAAUGUCUUGUUUAGGUGUGGGGGUGGUUUGACUCUUAUCCUCUGUGCAUUUGGUUAUCUUGAGGUAUUUCAUUUUCUACCCAGAGGGAGUUGCAAAACUUGGUGGUGAUGUUGCGUUAAAGACUCAGUCAUCCCCCUGACUUGAA